ACCGUGGACGAAGAUCCGAACAAACAAAGCAUUUAUAUAACCGCUCUUGGAUCACUAGCUAGCUCUCGCUCGUCGCAACAAGCGAAGAGCUUGGUCGUUUUGGUUAUGGCGGUGAUGAAGAGCAGGACGGUCAUCGUCGCCGCCGUUCUGUUGGCGGUUGUCAUUCUGUCCUCGCUGUGUCCAUGCUACGAAGCCGGCGGCUGUAUCGGGAAGCCGCCCAAGACGCCGGCGCCGAAAAGGCCCUGCUUCUCGCCCUACUCCGAGGACCACUGUGACCGCCAGAACUGCCGCUUCGUCUGCAUGUCGCACGGUUACAGUGACGGUGGCUGGUGUGACGAGAGGGAGGUGCGCAAAAUGUGCUGCUGCUACCAUUAGUUAGAAUAAUAACAAUAGCAGCGUGUAGUGUUGUGUGCUGGUGCAUGUAUAUGGAUCAUCCAUCUCUCUGUCUGUCUGCCUGCCUGUGUGGUGCAAGUUCUGAAAUAAAAGAAUCUGUUUUGUUUCGA